AUGGCGUCAUGGGGUCAGGUUCUGCCUUUUAUUAUUAAUGAUGGAUUGCUUUUAAUUCCCACCUUUCAACCUCCGUCUGCCGUUCCUGACAACUACACCAUCAACCAAAGACGGCAUCAGCGCAUCCCCAUUGCCAUCCAAGAACAUCUCAAUUGCACUUGGUGUCCAUCUCUCAUCACAAUGUUUGCUCGAUUCAGCCGAACGGCCGGCCCGUUGAGACAGGGUAUCAGAAAGUACUCGACAGAGGCGCCCAAGUCCUCGUCGCAGGCUCCGCUGUUUGCCGGUCUUGCGGUGGCUGCUGGUGCAGGAUACUACUACUGGCAGAUGCAGCAGAUGCCCGGCGCGGCGAUUAAGAAGGACCGCAAGCCAACGUUUACCGGUGGUGAUCAGGGAUGGGUCGACCUGAAGCUUUCGGCGGUUGAGGAGGUCAGCCAUAACGUUAAGAAGCUUCGGUUCGAGCUGCCUGACAGCGAGAGCGUCUCUGGCCUUCACAUUGCUUGUACGUACAUACGCAGAGAAACGAAACCCAGAGAUAUGUAUAGUCAUGCUAAUGGUUUAACAGCGGCCCUGUUGACCAAGUUCAAGGGCGAAGGAGACGCUAAGGCGACCAUCCGGCCGUACACGCCCGUGAGCGACGAGGACGAGCCCGGCCACCUGGACCUGCUGGUGAAGAAGUACCCCGGGGGCCCGAUGUCGACGCACAUCCACGAACUGAACGUGGGCGAGCCGCUCUCGUUCAAGGGGCCGAUCCCCAAGUACGAGUGGGAGGCCAACAAGCACAGCCACGUCUGCAUGGUGGCCGGCGGCACGGGCAUCACGCCCAUGUACCAGCUCAUCCGCAAGAUCUUCAGCAACCCCGCGGACAAGACGCAGGUGACGCUGAUUUACGGCAAUGUGGGCGAGGAGGACAUCCUGCUGCGCCGGGAGCUGGAGCACCUGGAGAACAUGCACCCGCGACAGCUCAAGGUGCUCUACCUGCUGGACAAGCCGGGCGAGGGCUGGACGGGCGGCAAGGGCUACGUGACGAAGGAGCUGGUGAAGAUGGCCUUCCCGGAGCCCAAGACGGAAGGGAUCAAGCUGUUUGUGUGCGGGCCGCCGGGCCUGUACAAGGCGGUCAGCGGCAACAAGGUGAGCCCCAAGGACCAGGGCGAGCUGACUGGUAUCCUGAAGGAGCUGGGCUACACCGAGGAGCAGGUGUAUAAGUUUUAA